AGUGAUUUCAUGCUAUCUGUACGAGCUGCGGUAGCGCCACUCUGCAAUGGCGGUGUUACCAAAAAAGCGGUCGCAAGGGCCUUUGUUAAGGCAGAUUCCUUUGUUACAAAGUAUAGACAUAGAGUAUAUAGCACUAGUUUAAAUGAAGACAACAAGCAGCCACUAUCGCAUAGUAGCAGCACCGUGCUCAUGGAACCAACCACACUGUGCAAGGAAGCAAAACAAGCAAGUAAGGGAGGCAAGAAUGUAUGGAAGACACUGACCAAACGAGCUAUACAAAUCAAGGAUCUGCUUUCUAUUAAACAUAUGGCCAUAAUCAUCCACAGCUGCGCUAACGCACCUCAAGCAAAACAACAGCUGCCAGAACUCAUAAAAGGGCUAGAAGCCAAUAUUAAAUAUCAUCUAGAGAACUCGGGAACAGAUCAUAACAUUGAUCUGUACCAUGUAUAUAGCAUACUACACGGGGUCAACGCAGCGGAAUAUCGCAAUGCAGAUCUAGACAUCCUACUUAAACGCACAGCUAUACGAGGUUUCAAAGCAGUCUAUAACAAUGCAAAUGGAGCGUUGCACAGACCAUUUGCUUUUGAGGAUGUUGUGGGUAUCAUACACGGACUGAUACAAACAAACCUAGACCUGGAUAAAACAGAGAUUAUCCUGAUGCACGACUUAUUUCUGCAAUUGUACAAUCACAAUGUAGAUACCAAGGCGGCGAUUACACCAAGAGCGUUUGCUAUAGGGGUGAACUCCCUUGAAAGACUUGGGUGCCAUAGUCACAAGUUAGGCACUGCAGCAGCAGAGUAUAUCCAGAAGAACGUAGCACUCAUGGACAAUAUGAAAGAUGUAGCCAUGAUAUAUUGUGCUCUCGUGAAAUUGCAUUCCGUGCUGCAAUGUAGCACUGGAGCUACUGAGUAUGAUAGCAGCAUUCAAUGCCCAGCAGUGGUUGGUACCGAUGGACUAAUUGCUGCAUACGAUCUAAUGCAUAUUACAGCAGUGGUAAUGCAGCACCUUAUCGCAAACCAGGGAAUGUUUGCAUCAUAUGCAAUCGAUGCCCAAAGCCUAGCGAAUAUAGCUGCCCACGCAGGAUAUUAUGCAGAAUUGGACUCCAAACUCAUGAUGCAAUACAAGUCAUUCGUAUCAAUGGCUGUAUCUAGGGUCAUGCAGAGGGAUAGAGUAGAUGCCAGCUCACUGGUAAACCUUAUGCGAGCAGCAAUUAAAAUACAGCACUGGGAUGAUGCAUUGCUUAUGGUAACAGCAAAAGGUGCCAAGGGCAUAGGGAUGAUAAGUAAUCCAAUUGAUUUUGCAAGGUUCCUAUACAAUAUAAACGCACUGGAAUCAGCAAUUAAAACUAAGUCAAUGACACAAUUAAUGCAGUCAACGGCAGUUACCAACAUGCUGUACUUCAAAGAUAGACUAGAAAGACCACCGGUAACAGUGAAACCGAAAGCUAAACGCAUACGCAGCUUGAAGGAACUUAUAAAAGCAGAAUGUAAGUCAGAGGAUACCGAGGAAAAGAUCUAUUUGUACAAUGACCUGGAUAAACACUUCAGGGGCAUAGAAGGGUUCAAAAUCGCAGCUAAAAUGCUAUUGGCAGUAGGAAAUUUCAGCGGGCAUAAAGUAGCAUAUGAUAUUGCACAGUAUAUUGUAAAAAUGAUGCACAAAUGCGGUAUAGAGGCUUGUGAUUUGGACACCAUCGGAGCCGCAGCAACGGGACUCUACAGGUUCAGGAUUAAGGACACUGAACUGUUACAAAAGAUGGCAUUAAACGUGUUGACACAACUGUCAAAACAGCCAUCACCUAAUACAGUGGUACAGAUACUUGUGGCGUACGCGAAAUUAGGAUGCCCAGUAAACAGGGAUAUUAACAGGACCUUAAUCAUAUCACCCGGUGUAAAGAGGCCCACAAAAUCACGUAUAUGGCAACAGGAACAAAGAAUCUACGAGGAUAUGUUCCGUAAAGCGGUGAUAUACAUAACGACACGUGGGAACAUGGAACACAUGAAUACACAAGCGGCCGUAAACUGUAUGUUCGCACUGACACUUGCCGGUAUAGGGCAUAAAAUGCCAUCGUAUCUAUACCAUUUAGUACUCCAUAUACGGAAAAAAUAUAGAAAAAACGAAUCAUGCCCCGAAAUGAAUAAGCAACUGAAGAUAGCAACAUUAGUCCUAAAGAUAAGAUCCAGAAGAAACAGGUUACUCCAUCGAGAAAUACAGAAACUAUCCAAGCUACUGGAUAAAACUUCUAAUCCACAAACAUCGAGUACAGUGGCACUCUCAGGGCUACACAGAGCUGUUUGGAAAUAUCUAGGGAAUAACGCGAACAUAAAGUGUGAAGUGCCAUGCAAUCAAUCCAUAUACCACAGCGAUAUCGUAAUUAAAAACAGUGCCACGAAGACGCACAUCGAAGUAGAUGGGCCCACACACUUCAUGCACGCAACACAUGAUAUGACGCCAAUAUCCAAACUUAAAUACGCAAUACUGAAGUUACAGGGUAAACGAGUAAUACACGCACCUUACUAUUCCUGGGAAACGGCAAUGAAGCUGACGAAAAUCAACCUGUGCAACAAGAAUAGACAUUGUGAAACUACCGCAUUUAAUGAUGUAUGAU